GUGACGAAUUCGCAGGACAGAUCAAGUUUUGUACCCCUAAUUGGGGCAUCAAGUUGAAGCCGUGAUGGAGCUUUAAACCUUGACGUCUUCAAAUUACAAUUACAAAACCCUCGUACUUGUACUUUUGUUCAGAGAUAAGGUUUUGCAACACAAUCAUAAAUGGCGUCCCUCAUAUCCACCAAGACCAACCAUUUUCGUUACGCUUCUCGCUUUCUCUUCUCUCAUCUUCUUCGCCAUUCCACACCCACCUCCUCUCUUCUUUCACCAUCAUUCGCUCACCACCUUUCAUCACAUCACCCUCACCAGGUUGGGAAUCAAGGUUAUGGUAUUGGGUCGUUGAUGCUGUAUCAGAGGCUUCUAUCUAGUACUUCUAAUCAAGAAAAAAAAGUAUUGGAUAACUCAUCAAAAGAUGAUUCUGGUCAAGGAAAAAAAUCUGGAGGAGAACAGGAACAGAAAAGUGAUGCUGGGAAAUCUGUUCGUGGAUCGCCGGUUUCAUGGUUGAGCUUAGUUUUUCUGGUUUUAACUGGAGCUGGAUUGGUAUUUUACUAUGAUAAGCAAAAGAAACGACAUAUUGAAGAAAUACAAAGUGCAUCAGUGUCAGUUAAGCAGGGACCUUCUGCAGGAAAAGCUGCAAUUGGAGGUCCAUUUGAGCUUACCAACCAUCAUGGGAAACGUGUAACUGAAAAGGAUUUCAUGGGAAAAUGGACAUUGUUGUAUUUUGGAUUUACUCACUGCCCAGAUAUAUGUCCUGAAGAACUAGUGAAGUUAGCAGCUGCAGUUGAUAAAAUAAAGGAGAAAGGUGGAAUUGAAACUGUGCCAGUUUUUAUCUCUGUGGAUCCUGAGAGGGAUACUGUUGAACAAGUGGCUGAAUAUGUCAAAGAGUUUCAUCCAAAGUUGAUUGGAUUAACCGGUAGCUCAGAUGAGAUAAAAAAUGUUGCACGUGCAUAUCGUGUUUAUUAUAUGAAGACAACAGAGGAAGACUCGGAUUAUCUUGUUGAUCACUCCAUAGUCAUAUACUUGAUGGCACCUGACAUGGGAUUUGUAAAGUUUUUUGGCAAGAAUAAUGAUGUUGAUUCACUUGCUGAUGGAGUAAUCAAGGAGAUAAAGCAGUAUAAGAAGUAACAUGCACGCCUAUGCUAUUGUCAGCACCUUUUCUUCCUCGUUUGAAAGAAAAUUCAAUGAGUUUGGGCUUUUAUGGUAGAAAACUACACAACCAAGUCUAAAUAUACUUAGAAGGCUAGUUCCUUUUUAGGUGAUUUUGUUUCAAUGGUUAUUCUACUUGAAAUAAAAAAGUAGGGGAAUUUUAUAGAUACAAGGAUAUUUAAAUUACCAGGUUCAUUAAACAUUUGAUUUAAUCUUAUCUGAUAUGUUGAAAUGUAGUAUUUAGCAAUACUAUAGUUUUAUUCAAUUGAUCAAACAUUGAAAUACAAUCUUUCUGUAGAGAAGAGCCUAUAUUUGAAA